GGCAGGUGGCUUGCCGCGUACACGAUGAUCUUUGUGUGAUCCACCAACACCCCGACAGAGAACGCGGGCACCACCCAGCGAUCUAAACUACGUAAUAGUAUGUGCCCUAAUGUAUCCUGUGUGCGAUAUUUGGUGCGCAUUAUAGCCCUCCGACGUGCCUGGCUUGUUCGCUACUCGUGGUUGUUGCGGGCGCGACCCGCAGCCGUAACGCCGCUCGUCAACCUGUAGAUCGCGUCCGCGCUGUUCGCCGUCAAAUUCUCAUCCCGACCGCCGCCAAAUAUGCGUGCGGAAGCGUGGCGCUCAACAUGCGGGGAGAGGCUCUCAACUCGUCGUCCUGCACGCCCACCCACAUCACCGCACCUCCUCCUCCUCCUCUCCCUCCUCCUCCUGCUCCUCCUGCAGUGCCGCCACCCCCUCCUCUGCCUUCCCCUCCUUCCAUGAGCUUCUUUUGAGGGAAGACAGCCCGCGUCGCCUGGAGCCCCCUUCGUUGAAAUAAAGAAAACUAAAUGAAAAAUACAAAUAAAUAAAAUCUGCCGACACUUACGGAAUGUUUUAGGAUUGGGGUAAAACGCGUUUGAUUGCCGAUUCGGAAAUCGAUCGCGCGCUUCUCGUUUUUGAAGUGAAUGAGCAGCAAGUCAUGAGCUGCUCUGACAACAACUGAUCGGUUCCUGUGGUCGAGGUUCUGCGCAGUCGAGUGCCGUGUUUUGUGGUUUGUAGAGCGCAAACAAGAUGGUGCGUGUGCGCCUGAUCAUCCUGGUCUUGGGCUGCAUCGCCUCGUUCCGCUCGGCCACCGCUUGCCCGGAGCCCUGCAAAUGCCUGGACAAGUUCGUGCACCAAAUUGCCAACUGCGCCUACAAGCAGCUGGAGACGGUGCCAAAGGGGCUGCCCGCGAACAUAACCUCGCUCAGCUUAUCCGCGAACCGCCUGCGUAGCCUAUCACGAGACGCCUUCGAGGAGAUUCCGCUCAUGAGUUCCCUGUGGCUGUCCCACAACGAGCUGGUGAGCAUCGAGAAGGGUACCCUGGCCGGCCUGGUGCAGCUGCGCAACCUCGACCUGAGCAACAACCAGCUGGCCGACUUCUCGUGGGAGGACCUGCGCAACCUGACGGCGCUCCAGGUGCUCAAGCUGAACAACAACAAUCUGGCGCGCCUUCCUCGCGACGCAUUCGAGACGCUGACCGACCUGCGAUCGCUGCGUCUCCACAACAACCUGUUCGCCACCAUCGAGGAAGGCACCUUUGAGAACCUGCACGCCCUCUCGCACCUGCUUCUCUACGAGAACCCUUUGCGGUGCUCGUGCAAGGCGCGCUGGCUUCCGGCGUGGCUCAACACCACCUCGAUCGACAUCCCCAGCAAGGAGAAGAUCGCGUGCGCCGAGCCGGACGAGCUGAAGGGGCAAGCCGUGCAGCAGAUGCCCGACGUCGAGUGCGUGGCUCCCACCGUGCGGCUCACCAGCAGCCCGGACGUGCGCGAGACUCGCCUCUACCCGGACUUCGCGGUGGUCCUCGAUUGCCAGGCCGAUGGCCUCCCCGCGCCCACCGUCUCGUGGAAGCUGCGCAAGGACGGUGGCGAAGUCGACCUGGGGGUCUUCGACGAGGAAAAGGUCCCCGAGGAAGCGGCCGUCGAGACCAACGACGUGCUGGACAAGCGCGUGAUGGCCUUCAGGAACGGGACGCUGCUCAUCCCGCAGUUGAGCGAGAGCGAGGAAGGCGCCUACACCUGCGUGGCGACCAACGACAUGGGGGAGAGCUCGGCGAGCGCUCGCAUCACGCUGGCGCAGCGCGGCGGCUACGAACGCGGCAAGGCCAAAGUCAACCCGCUCCUCGUCCCGGGAACGUCGAAGAAACGCAAGUACGCCUCGUCUCAAGCGAGCAUCACCGACAAGAAAGGCGCCGGGAAGGAUCGCGCCGGCGGCUUCGUCGAGAGGAACGACGUGUCCGCCCACGGCGACAGCGACGACGACUACGACUAUAACGAACACGGCGCGCCCUUCCCGACCCCGGUGAACACGGCGUGCGCGCUCAAGCACGCGGGGGGUUCCCCGCUCGAGCAGGCGCUGAAUGGGACCCCCGUGCCGGCGUUUGGCUACGAGCAGCGGCACCGCUUCGAGUUCGGGGUGAUCGCCCUCGAGGUGUCCGACACGGACGCGCGUGUCCAGCUCACCCCAGUGCCGCGCGGCGGCGACACCAAGCGCGCGCUGCCUGUGCGCCAGGGCGACAGGGGUUGGUCGGCCCUCAAGCAGCAGCAACAGCAGCAGCAACAGCAGCAGAGCAAGCAGCAGGCGAACGGCAACCUGGGUGCCGCGGCGAAAUUCGAGAUGAUGUACCUGUGCACGGGCGACGCGCCUGACUCGUCGCCCGUGCAGUGGUCGCUGGUGCAGAGCGAGGUGCACUUCUACCGCUUCCACGGCCUCAAGCCCGGCACGCAGUACACGCUGUGUCUGAGCCACGCCGGACAGUCGUGCGAAGUGCAGGUGCCCUUCGAGACGCGCAAGCGCAUCCCGUCGCUGCUCAUCAUGGUGGUGGUGAGCUCCUUCCUGCUGGGCCUCGCCACCAUCCCGCUGCUGGGCGCCGCCUGCUGCCACCUGGUCUACCAGUACCGCGCCAAGACGUACAAGCCCAUGGAGAAGCCGCAGCAGCAGCAGCAGGAGAAGACGGGCAACGGAGGCGGCGUGGCGCAGGCGGCCGCGCGGGUGGUGGCCGGCGACCAGCGGGUUGUGCACUGCGCGCAGCGGGACUCGAUGUGCGACUCCAUCGGAGAAGUGGGCGACCACGCGAGCCUCCAGCCCAGCGAGGAGGAGGCGUCCAUCGCGCCCGCGGGGUGCAAGGACGAUGCCGUCCAGUUCGACCUCGAGUCGGAGUGCAGCGAUCGCCUCCCGCUGGGCGCCGAGGCCGUGAACAUCGCGCAGGAGAUCAACGGCAACUACAAGCACCCGGCUCGCUGAGACGCGAGAGGCGACUCGGUGGCGUAGCGCGGUUGGGCAUUGGGGCCGUGGUGCAGAGGAAAGAAAUGGGGGGGGGGGUGGGGAGCCCCCUGUUCAAUAUUUACCCCUCGUUCAUCCGACGCAUGGGCACCUCCGCCCCUAUACUCAUAGGGCCCGUGUGCAGUUGCACCGCCGGCACACUCGAUGGUAGCUACGCCGCUGACCCGACCGUCUCCGCUCUGGUUCCCCUCUGAUGAUGUUGUUGUUGUUUAAGAUCGCGCGAAUGGUCUUUUUAAGCAAACAAACACUUUUUUGUUUGUGUCCUUUACGGUAUUCAAAUUAAGAUACGCACACAUAUAUGCACCACAUACUUUAUCAAUCGGAUUUGAAGCUUUCGUGACUGCAGGAAUCCAUACACUUUGGUUCUUUCGGUAAAGUCACGUAGGUAUAAAAUAAAAUAAAAUACGUGACUUUACCGAAAGAACCAAAGAAUAUUUAUCAAUCGGCUUUGCCAUGUGUCUCAAAAGGUGACGAUAAUUCGAGUGUACGUAGCGGCUUUACACCCCCCCCCCCCCCCCCAGCCCAUAUCAACCCUCGUAGACGGCACAGCUGGAACCAAAACACCAAGGGGCGAGCAAAGCGAUAGAAUAAUAAUAAUAAUACGACUCGGGCCGAUUCGGCAGCGGCGCGACGCGACACACCACACACACUCGGGUGCAUCGAGGCGACAUCACGCGUUCCAAUUCGUAGUCCACUUCAAUUUGAAUGAAUGUGCGGUGAAGCCCUCUGCCAAUCCUCUUCUGGGUGAGCGGGUCCAGGACCGGUUCCGCUAACGGUCGUCAUCGAUGUCGUUCGGACGUGUGGUCGAGAAUCGACCUCGGGCGGAGUUUCACAGCGCUGCGCACUAACCAAACCACUGCGCCACCGCUCCAUCCAAACGCAUUGCUAUUGAAGGGUAUACGUUACAGCCUAGUUAUAAGAGGUGUAGGCGACAGUAACAAAACUAAACUCAUGGCUUGAUGCUGAGUUCUUGACCUGUUUUUAAAGAGUACUUGUGGUCUGGCUGGAUUGUAUGCAUUGGGGGCACAAACCGCCUCUCGUUGCAUGUCGAUCACGACCCAAUCGAGGCACGCACCGGUCACUUUACCUGCCAUGAACAACAGCGCAGGUUCUUCACCAGUUUGCUACGCGUGGCAGUCAUGUCGCAAAAGCGUCCGUGUUUUUUUUUUACUACCUACAUCAGAUUUCAGUUUUUUGUCCAAUGGACACAUAUGAUCUUGAUUUGAAGCUUUCGUGACUGCAGGGAUCCAUACUCUUUGGUUCCUUCGGUAAAGUCACGUAGGUGUAAAAUAAAGAGUAUGGACACACAUGCUGAAGAUUUCUGUUUUUGCCACUUGUAUUUUCCAGCGGAUGUGACGGAACGUAUUUGUUGAACUUCUUUCGCACCGUACGUAGCCAGCCUUCCAUCGUACGUAGGUGCGAUGGAGGGAAAACAAACCAAACCUUAACAGCAGUUCAAAAUAAAUGAGUUUUCAAUCUCGAUCAUUUAAAAGUGCAUAGCUCCAGUGGCUUCCUAAUAUCGGAAGGAAGAGCGAUUCCAGACGGCCGCAGAAGCGCAUCUGAAAGCGUGAGAUGCCGUGACCGUCUAUUGAACGCUCCCUGUGUAGUUAAGUGCGCGCGGCUGUCGUUUGGAAAUAUUUAAUUCAGUCAUGGAAUAAUUUUCGCCCCUCCCCUACCUAAAACCCUUCCAUUACCUUGAGAACAGGGCGGAGGGGAGGGGGUGGGGGGGUUAUUUUCCAGAGCUCAGCCCCGGUUGAAAUGAAUCCCUUGGUCUGUAACGUAGCUUAACGCUGUGGCUUUAGCGAUGUACGCAACGUAGUCUCAGGAGUGACAUUCGUGAAACACUCAACACAGGGUUGACUGGCGUUGCUUGUUUCGAAUUGCGCUGUGCUCUAGAUGUCAUCCGUUUUUCAGGUUAAAGUACGUGGCUCUGUGCAUUCAAGGCAGAUUAUAUAUACAGUAUAUAUAUAAGCCGACAGUUCAGUGUCAUGUCUUUUUUCCUAUUAGCACUUUCGAUGCCUUGACAAGCUAUAGUGAACAACAUGCUAUGUUGUGAAGCAUAACAUUGAGAAAAAAAUGUACGAUAACGUCAGUCUAUAAACAUUUGUACUAGUUCUGUUAGA